AUGAGCACAUAUCGUCUCGUUCCCUAUGUCGAAAUCAUUGUUCCACGUAAAACAGGAACUCGUAGGCGUUUGCCUUCUCCAACAAGUUCUGUUAGGUCCCCAUCUUCUGGGAAGCAGCAUGAAUCGGGAUCCAGUGAAUUAGAAACAUUCACGCGAUCUCCGAGAAAGAGGAGGAAAUUGAACACAGUAUCAGAGGAUGAGGAAACCACUGCUAGCUCAGAAUUUCUGACCAACAAUCCGCCUGAAUCCGAAACAAUUAUUGGUCAACAAGCUAUCACAGAUGAAGAUCAAUCUGAAUAUGAUGAAGCUGCGCGUCGUUCUCCUAGCUUGGGUGCUUUCUCUCAUGGCGAUGGCCCAGCCGUUGGUUACUACGUUCCCGACCACGAUGAAAUUGUCGAAGAUGAAUCACCUUUGCCAGACGAGACCUCUCCUGAAGAUUUGGAUGAGACUAAUGGCGAUAUACCCGUCCGUAUUCUCGAUGACUACACCAUUUAUAAUACAGCAACCAGGGAAAUAAUCCAUUUGGCUCAGCUCCUCCUUUUGGACUCCUCUGACACAAAAUACAGUGCUUCUGGGGUGGCGAAGGCAUGGAUAGACCCGGACAGCGAGGAAGAUGAAGUACUUUCGGCGGAAGACACUGACGAAAAUGAAACCUCUGUGGAAAGGCUGCAGCUUUCCAAAAUCCUUGAAUUCUGUGUCCACAAUCUGUUGGAGGGUCAAAAGGUCCUCGACCCCAAAAUCUACAUUCGCACAAAGUACGCGUGGUACAUACUGGGAAUUCCUUCAGCUAGUUACCUUCCUUACUUCGCUCCCUUCUGGACAAGUCACCGAAUACUCCAUCUCUUUAUCAAUUCUUGUCUCAAAAAUUAUCGAUUAACAUAUGAAGAGUUCAAGGAAAAUCUGCAGGACAUUGAUGCAGAAGAAGAUUCGGGUCCAAUCUCAGCGUCUGAUAUCCUUGGCCGCAAUUUAGAGUUAGAUCAAGAUUUAAACUCUGAUGAAACUAUUUGCCUUGAAAACUCCAUCAAGAUUUCGAGAGUUCCUGCAGUUCGAGAAAUCAUGGGCCCUGAACAUUACGAUUUUGACGUCGACAUUUCAUCGCAACGCUCGAAGAAAGAAAAGAAAUCACGACCUGCGUUCACUUCGAAAUCCAGCAACAAGGAAAUCGAAAUUCUUAGGAACAGGAACAACAAAACAUUCCUUACCGCCACUGUUAACGACAUUGCCAAAGAUUUCUUCCACGUGGCGAUGGAAGCUAUCCGUCAGGAGGAUGUCGACGAGACUGCAUCAGUCAAACUUCCGCGCCACAAGGGGCAUUAUACUGAUCCGUUGAAGAUCGUCUGGGGUGAUAGCUUUCCUGGAGGAAAGGUAUUUAAGAGUGCGACGGUCGAUGGUAUUGUCUACAAAAUUGGCGAUAUAGUUAUGGUCGAACCCGACGAUAAUUAUAAAGUCGAUGCAGCUGUGACUAAAUCUUCACAAACUGUGAACCAAUACGGGAAUAGAUACUGGUUCAUUCAGAUUCGCUAUUUCUUCGACAAGCUGGAACAGGGAAAGAAAAAUAAAAUGCUGCAUGGGGUCUGGCUCAGCCAUGGAAGCAAAACGAUACUUCAAGAGGCCGCACAUUCAAAGUCUUUAUUCUUCUUGAAUUCUUGCGACCACAUUCCUGUCAAUUCUAUAUUCAAAAAGUGUGAUGUCAACUACUUGAAGCCAGGGUAUCCUGAGCCGCCAGACAACGGUGCACCAGAUGCAACCGACUUUCACUGCAUGUUUUUACACGACGAGAACGACGCCUCAUUCUGUGAUAUCCCUGAGGAUGUCCUCGACUUCAGCAAUCUGGAUGAAGGCUACACUUGUUUCUCAUGUGACGAGGAAGAUCGUCGGAAAGCUAAUGAGGAACCCCGACAUUAUUCGGACAGGGUCUGUGUCGACGGUGUGGACUAUCAUCUGCACGACUUUGUCUACAUCCAGCCGACCAGGGACGGCCGUCGCCUCCUUGAGAUUGGGCAGAUCGUCACUUUGCACGACUCUGACCGCAUCUCUAUCAAUAUGCUCGGCCGGUACGACGAAUAUGUCGAACACCAGAAGAAGACUGCAGAUUCGGAAACGGAUCUCGUAUCGGAUGAGAGACGCCUUUUCAUGACGGAUGACAUUGAGGAUAUUGCUCUGCACCAGCUGGAUGGGAUAUGCCAUAUACUGCACCUCACCGACCCACGCAAGAUUCAAGAGUGGAUCUCGCACGACGACCACUACUACCUGAACAGCAAAGGUGACAUCAAGAACCUGCACGCGAUUUCAAAGUCCAAAGUGGCCUACUGCAAAGCCUGUUACGCAAAGGAGCAGGAAGUGAUCGGUCAAGCGUCGCGUCUUGCUGAUAAGAAUGAAAAAUUGAUUGGGAUGGAGCUGUUUUCUGGCGCUGGCGGGCUUGGGAUUGGGAUGGAUCUUUCAGGCUUUGUGGAGACGAGGUAUGCGGUCGAGUUUUCGCCGUCGGCAGCAAAGACGUAUGCGCGGAACCAUCCCAACACGAAGGUUUACUGCCAGGACACCAACCACCUCCUCAAACACGCUAUCACGGGUCUGAAUAGCGAGGGCAAGAGAGGUCCUUUGAAGUCGAACGAUGAAAAGACAAUGUGUCCUCCUUUGCCGAAGAAGGGUGAACCUGUGGAUUUCAUCUUUGGUGGUCCACCGUGUCAGUCGUUCUCAAGGAUGAACCAUUCAAAGCGGCGAGACGAUAUCAGAUCGUCUCUGGCGUGUAACAUGCUUAGCUAUGUCGAGCACUACGAGCCGAAAUACUUUCUCCUGGAAAAUGUCGCUGGGUUCUUGGACCACAAAUUGUACACAAAGCAGCAGACUGCAUCAGGCCGGGUGGAGGAACGCAUCGUGCAGUUUGGGAUGAUCAAGUUUUGCUUCAGAACGCUCAUUGCUCUCGGCUACCAGGUGCGCUACCGGCUCCUGCAAGCGGGAGACUACGGUGCGCCGCAGAGUCGGCGGCGGGUGAUCAUCUGGGGCGCGCGGCGCGGGGAACCAUUGCCACAGUUCCCUGUACCUGUGUACGCGUUCCCGAAACGUGCAUGGAGUGUGAAGCUGCCUAGCGGUGGUCGUCUGGAACCACCGACGAGGAGCAAGGGCAAGGAACACCACAACUACGCGCCGCUCCGCCCGAGGACGGUGAAUGAUGCCAUCGGUGACCUGCCACCGUUCGAUUGGAUCAACCCGCAUCGGAUUAUCGCGUCAAGCACGCGCGACCGCGAGGAGUCGAGGCGGCGGCUGUAUGAUAUGAAGAUCCCGCGGUUUGACGCAAUGUCGGACAGCGAGAAGCGGUAUGUAUUUGACGCGCUGCCUGGGUUCCCCGGGGGCGCAAAGUACCCGAUGCCGCCAAAGAACCGGUACCAGGAGUGGCUGCGGCAGGGGAUGGAGGAGGACGAGCUGGUGACGGGUCAGUAUACGACACGGUUUGCACCGCGGAUCGUGGAGGCUACAGUGAAUGUGCCGCUGAGACCGCUGGCUGACCAUCGAGAUCUCCCUGGUAUUCUGCUUGGAGCAAAAAGGAUGAGGCAAAAAGAUGCAAAAGGCAAAAUUUUUUACGGGAGGAUGGAUGGGAAUGGGCAUUUCAAAUGUGCUGUGACGACGCUUUCGCCUGCUACAAAGUCGCAGUGGCCUGUACAUCCUACACAAAAGCGGAUUAUCACGGUUCGAGAGGCAGCACGGUCGCAGGGGUUCCCGGACCACUAUGUGUUUGAAUCAUCGAACAAAAGGGCAGGUCAGAUUGUUGCUGAUCAACUGCGGCAGAUUGGCAAUGCGGUUGCGGUGCCGUUUGCGCUUGCGCUGGGAAAAGAGCUUGGAAAGGCGCUGCUGCAGACAUGGGAGCGGACGGAGCGAGAGGGCAGCGUGGAGGCAUGA